AAGGUUGUCGUCCUGUCGCUGACGCUGUCUUACUCUGCGGCCACCCGCUUGUGCUUGUUCGGCUUCAAACUCUCCCCCUACCUUUCUGAACCUGUACCCUCGUUACCUUGCCGUUACCUCGCUGUCGUUUGUCGUCUGUCGCAUUCGCCCGUACCAGGCCUUCUCUGCCAUCUCCGCCAUAAUUCCAUCGUCGUCGUCGUCGUCGUCGUCCUCCCCUCCUAAUCAGCUAAUAAGGCGGUCGGUCAUCGCUUACACCGGCUACCUUAAUACCCAUCGCCAGAGACCGUGGUCAUUCUCGCCCUUGAGCCCGAAAUGAUACCUCCAUUGUUUGCUUGAAGGGAAAGACGAAGCUGCGUACACCUACUAGACUCAACCCGACACGAACUCGAAGUACAGUCGCGCGAUUGACGCUCGAAACCUUCUCCAAUGCUCGAUGCCUCCGGAACCUUUCAAGAUAUCUAUACCCUACCAAGAAGCAAUUGAAAGUGGCAUAAUGCAGUAGUGCCACCAGACGAACCGUGCGAUCCUUCUACCCUCUAGCUGAGCUUCUCGCCAGCUGCCGUUCUUUCAACACACGCUCGUUAGCAAACUCUGGUCGAUAACGCACCCAACUUCGCGAUUUCGCUCAUUAAAACGUACAACCUGAAAGACGCUCGCUUUCGUCCUCAUUACAACGCCCCAUACAACAGGCCUUAUAGUGAUUGCCAGAACCCUCGCUGCAGAAUCAAGCGAACCCCAGUUUGACUGUCAUCCUACAGACCCGCCACCGCGAAGACAAGUUGGCGGACACUGAGCCUUUUUAUAUGCCCUCCCUUGCCGAGCCAUGACUAUGGAAAGACCAUCGAAACGAAUGAGGAUCUCUAAUCCUGAAGUACGAAACCCCCGUGAUACCGGUUCCAGAAUGACAGGAGGACUUUUCACAUCAGAGCUGGGGAUCCGGAGCCAUGACUCGGACGGCAAGCCCAAGGCCACCCGCACGAUUUCAUUAACAGAUUUCCAGCGAAAAAACAUCUAUGGUGAAUACCAGCGUGUGCCUCGUCCUGUUCUCCCACGAAAAAAUGCUGGAAUAUACCUUAUGCCUAGAGCGCCUGAUGCCACCGUCACAGCCAACGUGGUACAAGUCAAUGUUAAUGAUGGGACUUCAACCUCCAAGGCCACAGAGGUUCCUGCUGGGACCGUGGUCUCUCUACCUGACGUUGGCUCUUUAACAAUUCCAGGUGUAACCGCCUCUGCCAGUGUCUCUGAAUCCACCACCACUCCUGACCAGUCCCAGGAGACGAUUACCACAGCCCCAACGACUAGUUCAAUACCUGGUGAUGCAGGCGCCACUACAGAUCCGAGUCUCACUACAUCGACUCUCUCACCGGCUUCAAACAGCACCAUUCCAAUCUCCGACACCACGACGUUACAGCAAAAUACUGUGACUGUUACUGCGACGUCCACCUUCGAAGUAUCCUUUGUCAACGGCGUCGUGAUUGCCGGGGGAUCUACAGCAAUAGUGUCUAAUAUCCAGACGAGUACUGUCCAUGUUACGGAAAGUCCAUCGACCACCGAGACAUCAGCGACCUACACAUUCGGGCAACUCCUGCCCACUUCGUCUUCAUCUGGAAGCGGCAGCACUACCGCUGACAGCACUGGAAUUUCUUCAGACUACUUUACCGCCGCUGGCGGCGUUGGCGCAACAGGCUCGCAGACCACAUCGGCGGGAUCCACUGAAACAUCCGGUGCCGGCUCCGGCUCUGGGUCCAACUCAGGAUCUGGGUCUGGCGGCGGCGGUUCAGGACUCUCACCGACCCAGCAGCAAGUGGUGGGAGGUGUGGUUGGAGGCGUGGCUGGCGUGGCAAUAUUCCUAGCCAUUUUGCUUGUCCUUCUUCGCUGGUACCGUCGACGAUUGAAGGCACAGGGCCAGCUUCCUGAACAGCGGGCUGCGAGGGGGCUUACUGGCCCUAGUGGUCCUCCCGGCGACUCGUACGCCAUGUCCCAGCGAUCCUCGAUCGUGCCUCUUGCUGCUGCAGUCAGCAACAACCUCAAGCGUCUACGCCCUCACAGCAACCAAACUUUCGCCACCACCGCAACGGGAGCGACUGAAUCCAGCGCUCGAGACUCGGAACGAGGAUUCCAACGGAUAGCCGGACGGAAAAUUCCUUCGGUAUUGAGCAGCGGCGGGGAUCCUUAUGGAGGCAACUAUGGUGCUUUUGAGAAGGAUGCUCACGCCGGACCAUCGGAUCCAUUGCACAACCCAGAAAGAGGUCUUUCGGGUGCAUCCUUCUACCGGGACGGCGACGGUUUCUACGGAGGAAGGGGAAGCCAUUCCCCGACAUUUCCUCCCUCGCCGACUACGGCAACAACUGGAGGCAAACCUGGGGAUGGAGGUUACAUGUCAAUGCCUGGGAUGAACAUGAACGCGCCUAACACCAGAGAUUUUGCCGAGUCACGAGACGUCUUGGGCCAGAACACCAGUCAAAUAUCUUUGACUUCGCCGAGCCGCCCAGAAGGAUUUGCGGUGAUGCGACCGAGUCCAGCUCGUACACCCGUCACGCUCAGUCCUGCUGCGAGUUCCAUUCGUCUGCCUAUUCAACCGCCGCCCACAUUGGACGAGGACGCCCCGCCGCUCCCCAGCGGCGGUGGAGGAGUAGGAGGAGGACUCAUGCCUGGACCGUUGCACCGAGACGGAGUCGGCAGGACCCUCGCCAGUCAGGACGGGAGUCGUGUGAGCCGAAGCAGUGGACGAAGCGGUGGUCGAUUUAUGGAGAAUAUGUGAUGGACGCCAUGUCUCUCUUUUUUGCGUUUCUUUUCCCUUCUGGUUUCUCACUUUUUUCGAGCGAGGAGCCUGGCGCUGAUUUUCUUGGUUGGAGUGGCAGACCGUCCCCCCCGUCCAUGUCAGUGGGCGGGAAAAGAUCUGCCCUUUCAAUUUACUUUUACUUACAUUUGUCACCCUUUUUACUGCCGAUAUUUCAGGCUCGGCAUGUAUCUUGCCAUUCAGUCAGGAUUUGAUAUUUGAUACCCGUCAUCGUUGUUGUCAUUGUGGAAAAGGAAAAUGUCGAAAUGUUUGAAGGCAGGAGAGGAUUUUACAACGGUGAUUUGGCAAAUAGCCUCCUUCCAGCGUCUUUUGUUUGCAGAAGCAUAAGCAGCAGCAGCAGCAGAGCUGAAUUGAACAUCUUUGUGUAAAACAAGUAUCUGAGAGAGAUGAUGUCUAGUCAAAUGGAGAAGAAAAGGAUAGUAAGCCUUCAUUUUAUCCAGGAAAUGUCUGUAUUUACCUAGGUAUAUAUUCAUGUGACAUCCAUCGGCCCCUUAACAUCAUGAUUAUCAUAGUUAAAUCUUGUGACCAAUGCAGGAUAUAUAUAUUCUUAUGCCA